CGUUGACCUGCCGGAAGUAAGGCUGGAAGGAAGGCCGUGCUCAGGGAUGCUGCUGCGGCUUGCGGGUCAGGCUGAAAUAGGAGGCGAGCCCAGGAGCAGGCAGAAACCUUGCCCUUGAUUAGUGGAGCGUCAAACAGCUGGUAAUCCCUGUGGAGUGAAAAGCAAUGAGCCAUUGGAGCCAAUGGCCCUCAGCUGUUGGAAAAGGAGGAGUACUGGCAUGGUGAUGGAGCUGCAGGCGAAGCGGGGUGCUUUUACACCAAACAGAAAAGUCACUUUACCUGCUAAAUACACGUGCCCCAAUUUUGAGGGGCUGAUUUUUGCAGGAGAAGAGAUGCUGUUGAGCCCCAGCUCAAGUCUGGGAUUGUGCCCGUGGCACAGAUUCAGCAGGAGAACUGGAGAGUGUUUACACCUUGCCGAGCCUGGCUGUCACAUGAAAGCAUGUCAUUGUCUGCUUAUUGUGUAUUGUGCUGUAGAAGAAUAGGAACCUCUGGUCCAACCACCAAAAAUGACCUUCCGUGGAAAGAUCUCAGAAAAAUUGCAAAGUUAACUGGAUCACUUACUCUAGGAGGUUUUGUAUUCAUUACAUAUGAAGUCCUGGCUCUAAAGAAGUUACUGAAAAUCGAUACCCAAGCAGUACAGCAAGAGAAACUGAAAUCCUACAUUUAUGUUCAUAGAGCUUCUCUAGAUCCGAGUGAAUAUCAAGGAAUCACAUACCAGGCAAGAAAAGAACUUCAUAAAGCAGUGAGGAAAGUAUUACAAGCUGAAGCUAAAAUUCUCCGGAGACCUUUUAAUGAACACUUCAGUACAUUUGAUGCAGAAGAGCAUGAAUGUGCCUUAUGGCUGCUCCUGAAGAGAAGUCAAUCAGAGGACAAAAUGGUUAGACUGCAAGCUGUACAAGAUUUGGCAAGGAACAGUCACUGGCAUGAUUAUCAGUAUAGAACAGCUGCCCAAGCCUGUGAUCAGAGGACUGCUAUUGGUUUGGCUCGGUCCCAGGAUAUUGAUCUUCGUUUUUUCUUACCUCCACCUCCCUUACCAAAAGUAAAGGAUGAUUAUGCUAUAGAAGAUGAGCUCCGAUUGUUGCUGGUAUCUUUACCUCAGACUGAUCUUGACCAGUGUGUCCAGUACUUCACAUCUCUGGCUUUACGAGAAAGCAGUCAGACUCUUGCUGCCCAAAGGGGGGGGUUGUGGUGUUUUGGAGGAAAUGGACUUCCUUACUGUGAGACUCUGAGUAAAAUUCCUUCAGAGACUGUCGAACUCUUCUGUUUACAAGCAUUAGUUCAACAUUCAAAGGUUUCUACUCACUGUGAUAAAAUUGAAGCAAAAGGAGGCCUGCAGCUACUCCAGAGGAUAUACCAGCUCCGUAAGGAUUCUGCAAAAAUACAAAGGAACAUAAUUCGUAUAAUUGGAAAUAUGGCUUUGGAUGAACGUCUUCAUUCAUCCAUAGUGCGUGCAGGUUGGGUUUCUGUACUUGCUGAAGUAAUGAAGUCUCCUCAUGUCAUUCAGUUUUCACAUGCAGCCAGAGCUCUGGCUAAUCUGGACAGGGACACAGUGCAAGAAAAGUAUUCAGACGGAGUAUAUGUUUUACAUCCACAGUAUCGUAGCAGCCAGCCCAUUAAAGCAGACAUACUUUUUGUUCAUGGUCUUAUGGGAGCAGCAUUUAAAACCUGGAGACAGCAAGACAUAGACCCAUCAUUGGAUGAAAAGGCUUCUGAAGGAGAAGAGGAUUAUAGUGAAUGCUGGCCAAAGACAUGGCUGGCUUCAGACUGCCCUGCCCUAAGAAUUGUGUCUGUGGAGUAUGACACCCAUGUGAGUGACUGGAAAGCAAAAUGCCCUGUUGAGGCACACAGGAAAUCUAUUGCUUAUAGAAGCAAUGAGCUUAUCAAAAAGCUUAGAGCUGCUGGUAUUGGAGAAAGACCUUUGGUAUGGGUGUCCCAUAGCAUGGGGGGUCUUCUAGUAAAAAAGAUGCUGGUAGAUGCUUCCAAGAACCCAGAAAUGGAUAAAAUUGUAAACAAUACCCGAGGCAUCAUAUUUUAUAGCGUACCUCAUCAUGGCUCUCGACUGGCUGAAUACUCAAUAAAUGCUAGAUAUCUUCUCUUUCCUUCUGCAGAGGUUAAGGAACUCAGUAAAGACUCUCCUGCCCUUAAAGAACUGAAUGAUGACUUUCUCUCAUUUGCCAAGGAUAAAAAGUUUCCGGUGUUGAGUUUUGCAGAAACUUUACCUACACACAUAGGGAGCAUGAUAAAACUGCAUGUGGUACCAGUGGAAUCAGCAAAUUUAGGUAUAGGAGAUCUAAUUCCAGUGGCUGUCAAUCAUCUAAACAUUUGUAAGCCAAAGAAGAAGGAUGCUUUCCUGUACCAGCGGACUUUAAAGUUCAUUCAGGAUGCACUUGCAAGGGAACUUGGAAGCUAAUUCUCUCCUAUGUGUGCGCAUGUAGCAAAAUCCUUUCUAUGAAACUUCUGAGAAGCUGAGAAUUGCAAGACAUUAUAUUAUUAAUAAAAUAUGAUCUCAGUGUGGCUUUCAGCAUAUCUGCAUAGGUCUGCACUACUUAUGGCUGAAAUUUAUUCAAAAUAAAUGUGCACCAAUCCACAGUCCUGUAAGUCCGGCAUUAAAAGGUGAGAAUCAGCUUUGAUUCAUUUUGCUUAUCAACAUGUCUCUAUAUAAUUUUACAUAAUUGUUUGGCCAGCAGAGGAUGGAGAUACAUCCUUCACAGCUCACAAAAUCAUGUUGCACAGAAAUAGCUAUAAAAUACUUGAAACUUCCUCUUCCACUGUAUCUUCCCAGCUGGAGAGGUUAUGAGGGUCCUGGCUCUUUUGACUGAAAUAACUAUACUUCCUGGAUAAAAAUCUUGUACAGAGGAUCAAAAACAGUUAACCCAGAAGAUGAUUUCUGGGUUGGCAAACAAGCAGCUAUCUUGAAGUACACAUCUUCUGUUCAUGGUUAGGUAUUUAAACAAAAUUUAGAGGGAAUAUCCCUGAUUGCUUGAUUCAGAAUAUUUUUUAAACUUUCUUUUUAAAUAAAUCCCACUUAUCAAAUAACAGAUUUAACAUUUAAAGCUGCAUCCAAUCGCCUAAAUUAUGUAAAUUAUACGUAAUUAUAUGUAAAGACAGAUAUUUAUUUUCCCUCAACUGUGCUCCCUUAAGUCAAUGUCCACAGGAGCCUUGUGUUCUUCAAGAUAGUAUUUUGAUUGAUAACCAGUUACAGUUUGGUUGUUCUACUUGCCUUUUUGUUUCAUGGACUGAGAAGUGUUAGCAAGUCCAGUACUUUGUUUCCUGGCUGAGGAGGAGAUAUCAUCACCUAAUCUGAUCUCUGGCAUGGUAUCCUGUGGAAAGGAGACAAUGGCAGUUUAAUCUAGUUUUGUUUAAAAAAAAAAAAGUCUUGUACAGUUCUAUUUUAAUCGUAUCUGCUCUUGAACUUCUAGAUAAUAGAAAAAUUGACCUAACGUGAGACUGUUUGUUUUAUUUCAGCUUAGUUUGUGUUGGCUAGGUCAAGGGGAGGGCUUUUGCUCUUUCAAAUGGAAGAUCUAGGAUAGGCGAUGCACAUGUUAACUUCUGGCUGCUUAAUUUAGGGACACUGAGAAAGCAGUGUACUUAAUCCCUGGAGGCAUUGGCUCAGAUGUUCAGUAGGGAGCUUUUUAGCUGAUUUAAAGAAUAGUGCUGGAAAAGCUCUAUUGGAGCAAGACAUUUAUGCAGUCCUUGAGAAGAUGGUAGCUAUGACAGGAGACUGUGGAAGAGGGAGAGCAUAUCAAUAAGGCAGGAAAAAAUAAGAACAUUCCCAGAGCUCUUAUCAGAAACACUGAGGACUUCAAAGCAAAAUAUUUUGCACUUAUGGAGGCCUGUGUGAAGUUAUUUACUUCAUGUAGAAAACCAGCAGCAUUGUCUUGUAUAAAUUGUGUGGACUGUUUUUGCCCUGAGUGUUUUGGAUCAAUGUCAUAAUGACACAGUUAAUGUCACUGAUGAGAAAUAAAUGUAAUUUAGAACAAGACUGCCAGUAUUCAGCCACCUAUCUUCAAGCCGUAAAAGAAUCCAAACAAAAUUAAGAGCAGCCUGGCUACGGCCUUGAUUUAACAAAGCCGUAUUGAAGUUUGCAGCCGCAGAUCUUCCGCUAACCCUUCUGAUCUUCAGCCUCUCCCAAACCAAGUAGGCUCUCUCUCCAGUAGGCUGGAGGCUUCUAGGCAGCCCUUUGCUAAUGGAAUCCUUGGCUGAUGUUGGUAGGGGGACCACCAGAGACUGUUUAGGGAAUCACUUAAUAUCUCUCUUUUGUGGGACGAAUCUGCCAGAUCAUACAGUUGUGUGGUAAAAAGCCACAAAAUCAAAACAAGUUGAAAUGUACCUCAGAAGUCUCAUGGGAGCUUAGCAUAAAAAUGGUGUCUGCUGAAAACACCUUUGACAUUCCCAUAUUAGAACAUCCUGAUCUAGGAGGACACAGAGCUGGGAAGAGCAGUUUCUGAAGCUUAGCCUCAGCCAGCCAGACUUGCACUGUCAGAUUCAGGAUCCAGAGAAGCACAGAAGGCCUGGCACCAUUUUUGACCUAAAGCCCCAUGUGUUUUCAGGGGCAUCAUUUCAGACUGAAACAGGCCCAAAACAAUGUUUAAAGAAACAUAUUCUGCUGAUGCUGUCUCUUAAACUUCAGAAUGUAAAUACAGUAGAGUCCUUAUUUGUUAAGAACAGACCUGAGCCAUAUGGAAUUAGUUUGUAUACCCAGGGUUUGGACAGACUUGAGAACUGAACAUCAUAAAACAUGUGGAGUGUGACAUUACCCAUUUUUGAGAAGUAAACUUUUAGCUAAGAGGGAUUCGGAUCAAUGAAAUUCUGUGGUAAUGCUUUGUACAGUAAAUCCUUUUGUAUUGGCUAUUGUAACUGGAAUUCUUGAAGAACUCUCAUUUUUCUAUAACUGCUGAAUGAAUAAAUAUGUAACCUUUUAACUUAAUAAUAGGCUUGAGUUAUUCAGUAAUGUUGUAUUUGGGAGAUGGUAAUGACAUUUUUUUUAAAGAAAGUAAUUUACUAUAUAUAUAGUGAAAAUAUAUAUUAAAUAAAUUGCAAGUGA